CAGCGUUCUCGGGCUGCAACCGCCGGGCCAGCCUCUGCAACGGCAUUGGCUGCGUCGCGACUGCCGUUGCGGGCACCCGCACAGGGCUUUAAAGGAAACCGGAUUGUGUCAAACUCCAGACAGCGUGUGGCCAAUUUGUCAAACACAGGCAGCAGCAGCAGCCGGAGAGCGGGGCCAGAGGGUGUGCAGCACCGGAUCGGACUGCCACCGACUACUUUGCUGCGUAUCGAACGCCGAGAAACGCCUGAUAUCGCGUACCGCUGCACGUUUGACUGCGUUAACCAUCGCAGAGAUAGAUACCAGUCGAGAGCCAGGCAUUUUGGAAACGAUGUCGCAAGUUACUGUCCCAGCAACGGUACCACUGGAUGCACAGCAGACCAACGGAGAGGCCGUAGACGGGGAGGAGGUGACCUUGCUCGAGGACGUGCUCCCCUCCUUCGAGAUGCACAACUACAUGUUCAAUAGAACCAUCUACGACACUGAGAACAUCAGCUCGUCGGGCAACCCGCCCAGCUACGAGGACAUGAACGUCCCGAGCACCACGUCCAACAUAGCGCCACGGGAUCUCAACAACUUUGUCGACCCGACGAAAAACCCCAACUUGCUCCUCUUGAACAACCUCGAAAAGUUCCAGAAAAUCGACCUCCCGCUUACGGUCCAGGUCGUGUUGACGAAAACGGUCCCCAGACUAGGGUCCAAACAGGAGAGGGAGAACCCCUUGAGACAGUACAGACCGGGCGAGGUCGUUUGCGGAUACAUCACCAUUGAAAACAAGUCAGACGAUGCCAUUCCCUUUGAAAUGUUUUUGGUCUCGCUUGAGGGUGAGUUGACUAUCCCACACCCGCACAAGCCUGAGGAGUUGAUAAAGAAGAAGUUUCUGAAGACGUACGACCUCAGUGCAUGCUUUCAUUAUGGAUGCAUCGAUUUGGCUUCCCAGGGAGUUUCGUUGCAGACACGGAUGGAUGAGCUCGACAAGUCGCUCAUAGGCUUCGACAAUGACCGGGUCAUCACCCCAAAGAUAAAACAUAAGAAGUUCUUCGCCUUCAAGUUGCCCCACUACCUUUUAGAUACCUCGUGCUUUGACCAGUUGCCAUCCCACCUUAAGUUGCCGCCUUCUUUUGGUGUCGACAAAAGCGCUUUCAAGGGCCUGGCAAAAUACAUCAAAGUCGACCCCUUCUUGGGCUACGGCAGAUUGGACAGAUAUGGAUCGCCCAUCAAAACAAAUGACUAUGCCGCCGAUGGCCAGUCGGUAUCAUACUAUAUUAGUGUGCAGUUCAUCGGAAGAAAAUUGGACUUUUACAAAAAGUUUUACACGAACGAUACGAAACAUGAGUACGAUUUCAUUUUUUUGAAAAACGUUGAAUACAACUUCAGAGUCGACACAUCUUCCAAUACGGACGAAUAUUCUGCAGAUGAUUCCUUGAGCGAUAUCUCAACUACCCAGCAGCUGAAGAUGACUGAAAAUAUGAUCACAGACAAGUUGCAUGAAAUAGUUGAGCGCAAAAAUUUGAAGAAGAUAGGUAUUACUGACCCAAGGAAACAGGAUGAAAUUAUCUUUUCCAAUAUGUCAAAUAACAAAAAAAGCCAGCAGUUAUACCGUGCGGAAUUGGUGCCCUUGUUGUCGGAUACGAAAACCUCAAUGUCUGACGGUGAAGGGUUCAGUCGUGUGAAAACAGUAAAACUGGUCAAAGAUUUUUUCAGUAAAGUUGAGGGCGAUAUGACAGUGCGAUUAAGCAUGAACCGAAACUCGCAGUUGAGGGCCAUUAAACCUAAACAGUUGAAACACGCGAGUAGCAAACCAAGCUCAAAAUCAAACUCCUCUUUGUCGUUGAAUACACAAAACCAGCUCAACUCUAACUCAUCCUCAUUCACUUCUCUGCGCUCCCUAACUCUAUCGCCUACUACCUCAAGCGACUCAGUUAGUGGUCUGAGGCCCGUUACAUCUGCGCCUGAACGUUUGUAUAUCUAUCUCUCCUUCAAAAAUCCCGAUUUGAAAAGAAACACCAAGCCCAAUUUACCAUCAACCAUCACCUUUUCUCCUAGCCUGAGAGUCUACAACAUCCAAUCGCCAUACCCGAUUCCAGUGACCUUUGAUAACAAGUACCUUUUUAACGGAGGAUUGGAACCUGAAAACUUGCAGAAUCUGAAAAAGAAAUUCUCCUUCUAUUAUCAAGAAUUAGUCGAUGUUUUGAAGGACCUCGACUCCGGGCUGGCCAGAAGUAUGUAUAACAAGGUCAACGGACUCGCCAAGCUACACGUCUCGGAACAAGUAGUCAAGAGGCUGUUUGAAACACAGACUAUUGAUUUGCAUAACCAAUGGAAAUUCAAUAAAGAACGCAACAUUUAUGAAUGCGAGUUCGGCAUACCGUUGGUUUUCGACUCGAAGAACAUGGAGAAAAUCUCAUCUUAUUGCGUCGUUCCAGGCUUCCAGCAAUGCUUGCUAUCAAGGCUCUAUGCUGUGGAUGUGGAGGUGUCGAUAAAAAAGGCCAGGGCAAAAAUGAACAUGAAGUUUCCGGUCCAUGUUGUGUGACGAGAGGGGGGUCACGAAGGAGCUCAACCGUUUCUGUUCCCCGAUAAAGCGCGCAGCUGGCCUCGAAUUGCCCCAACGGGUAAUUCCGGCCGCGGACCGUAUUAGCUGGGUGCAGAAAAAGACUUGGGCCCACUCUCCGUAAAAUUGUCGGCGACGAUGACACAUGGACGGAGUGAUAAAGGUUAUGCACUAUACACUAUCAGGACAAGCGAAGAUUUUUUAAUAGACGAGCAUUACCCUGCUCCAUCUUAUCAAACACUUCCACCUGUGAUUCAACUUGGAUCUGUUUUCGUACCCCGGAAGUAGAAGCUUAUUUUUCACUUUCUUCAAUUUCUUACGACCGCAUAUGAUAGUAUAAUUUGCUUACACCGACACUGACUCAUUAUAAACUGGUACAUAGUAUAUUUAGUAACUUUUAUUUAUUUAUUCCCAAGUAAAUAGAUUGAUAAUAUUCAUUUCA